AGUAUUACUUUAUGUUCUGAGAGUGGAACUAACGUGAAUUGACUGUCAUGUCAUUCAACUGUUCUAUCAAUAUUUUGUUAUGGUAAUAAACAAGAGGUUUUUCUAUUAUGUACAAUAGGUUUUUAAAAUUAUAAGGAAAAACUGUUUUCAUCAUAGUGUCAUAAUAUAAGAAUUAAUAAGACUAAAAUGGAAGUUCAUAUAGAGACAGCGGUAAGAGUUUGUCCUUUGGAAUUUAAUAAUGGAGAAGGUAUUUGCGUACAAACUAAUCCCAUUAACAAUACAGUCCAGCUCAAUAAUCAAGUUUAUCCAGUGAAUUAUGCUCUGCCAGCUAAUGCUUGCCAAAGUACAGUAUUCUCCACAGCAGUUAUGCCUAUGGUAAAUCUUUUAUUGGAAGGUAGUGAUGUUUCCAUAGUAACUUUGGGACAAUCCAGAUCUGGUAAAAGCUAUACACUUUUUGGUCCCGGUUUUCACUUUGCAGCUAGUGAGUCAGAGCACGGUAUAAUACCAAGGUUUAUUAGAGAGGUAUUUACUAAAGUUGGGCAGUAUAGAGAUAGGAGCUAUUCUAUGCAUAUAACCUGGUCCCAAAUAUUAGGGGAAACAGUACAAGAUUUAAUAGGAGGAUGUAGUGUUGAGUGUAUGGGAAUUUUAGACGCAUUUAGGCAUAUCCAAAUGGGCUUAUCAAAUUUAACACCCAAAGGAGCACAUUCAUUAUUUACUUUGACUCUAGAACAGCAGUGGAUGAUAGAUUCAACUGUACAGCAUAGGAUUUCUACAGCUAGCUUUGCAGAUUUAUCGGGAAGUGAAAAAGUGGUGGUAUGUGAUAUUAAUGGUUUCAUACAGACAUUACCAAUAGAUUCUGGGUUAAGAACUCUCCAGCAGUGCAUUGUAUCUCUUUCAGAACCUUAUGCCAAUCAAUAUAAUAUUGAUCAGCUACCAUUUAAUCAAUCAGUAUUGACCACAUUAUUAAGAGAUUCUUUUGGUGGUCGUGCAAAAACAUUAGUAAUAUGUUGUGUAUCGCCUUUAAUUCAAGAUUUCACAGAAACUCUCUAUUCCUUGCAAUUAGCAUUAAGGUGUAGAUUGAUAAAAAAUAUUGUUACUGUCAAUUCUUACGUAACUUAUGAAACAAUCCAGGAUAGUUUAGAUGUUUUUGGAUUGCAAUUUGCUGCUAAUCAAUUAUUCAAAUUGGUCACAAAUGCUGAAGAGUUAUUUCAAAAAUUGGUUUUGAAUGGAGGUCUAAAUCAGGCUGAAAUUGAACAAAUAAGUCAAUGGUUGACUUUAAAGCAAGAAUGUGAAGAAUGUUUGAGUGAAAAUUCUGAACCUCAUAGAUCCUUAGAGAGAAUUGAGGAAGAAAUUGAAGACAGUUCUGAAAGUGAUAGUGAAAGUGUUUUGGAGGAAGAGGAGUCACAAACUUUAUUGGAGAAAUUAGAUGGACUUAUGGAAAAUUUUGAAAUUGCCACCAAUUAUUUAAUUUCUAACUGCAAUAAUUUAGAUAAUAAUAGUUCAGAUGAUUCUAAAGAUACACCCAACAGUUCCAGUAAUACUUAUCAUUCCAAAGGAGCAAGAUGUAGAAGAGCUAGUGUUCAUUCUGUGGAUCUAUGGAGUGUCGCAAAUUCUGUAAACCUUCCAGAGGAAGAGCCAAUAGUAGAAAAUGAGCAAAAAUCCAAUACACUUACAUGCGAAGGCAAGAAAAAAGUAUUAAAACAAAUCAAUGCUGCCAUCCAAGGCUACCAAAAACAAAUUAGUGACUUAGAACAGACAAUCAAAGUGAAGCAAAAUCUUAGACAACAAUUACUACAACACAAAGAUACUCAAUCUAAUGCACUUGUAAAAAUUGAACAGAAAUAUCAAAAAAUGAAGACUGAAUUUGAAAACAUAGAAACAAAAAUGAUGCAAGCCCAAAGUCAAAAAAAUCAUUAUUUAGAGGAACAAUAUAAGAUGGAAUUAGAACAUUUAGAAACCAAGUUAGGGAAUAUUAAGUGUUUAAAAGAUCAUAUUUCUGAGGAUGGUAAAAAGUUGGUGGAGUUGAAAAAUAGUCUUGAUACUUCAAAAAAACAGUUGGAGAAAUUAAAAAAAUACAAAAAGAAAGAAGAAAAACGGAGACAAAACUACGAAGCGCAAAUUAAACGGGAAUCAAGUAGAAUGAGUAAAUCCAAAGAUAGUUCUAGCAGUGAAAAGAAGAGUGGUGAUAAUUUGCAGGACAUGCAACUUGUCAUUUGCUCAAAUAAAUUCAAUACAGGUGUAAGAGAUCUUGCAACCCCCAUAUCUAGUGAAGAACUGGAAUGUUUACGUCACGAAAUACGUAAUUUGAGAAAAACGAGAGACUUUUUGUUGGAACAGAAGUUCAAAAUGGACAUAAAAUCGCAGAAUAAAAAAAUAAUUAAUGAAUUUGAAGAGAGAAAACUGUAUCAAUACGAAGAAGCAAUCGAAGCGAUAGAUUUGGCUAUCGAAUAUAAAAACGAAAUAAUCUGUGGUAAUAUUCCGGUUAUUGAGAGAUCUUUAGAAAGAGUCGAGGAACAAGGUGAUAAAUUACUUAUGGAUAGGUUGAUGAAAUUGAGCGAACAUGAAAUGAGAGUACUGCUCCACAAAUAUUUUCAAAAGGUUGUAGAUUUAAGAAGUAGCAGCAAGAAACUAGAAGUGCAAGUGCAGGAAUACGAAAAUCAAAACGAAAAUCUUGUGUGCCGGUUACAAAAUCUAAGUUAUACACUUCAACAGGUCCGAUUGGAAGGAGAAAGAAAAAUGGUUUUAAUGCAACAACAGCAUGAAGAUAAAAUCCAUUUAGUAUUAAGACACCUUGCGAAUGAUAGUACACCAGAUUCAGACCAAAUGAUACCGAGAGUAAUUGGAAAUAAAUUGAUACCUAGAUCAGUUGGUAACAGUAGCAAGCAGGUUGGGAAAAGUAGUAGCUUAAUAACGCGAAUUACGAGCAUUGCUAGACAUGAAAUUGUGCCUAGACAACUGCAAUCAGUAAUUCCUGCACCACAAGCUAAAAUUACUAGACAGAAAAAUAAAUUAAUUAUACAACAAACGAAGAAGUAAACGAGAUAAUUGGACCGGUACUUGAAUUAUGCUCAAUAAUGUUUUUCAAGGUACAUUUUGCAGUAGAUUGUACCUGAUAUAACAGAAUCAGUAUUAUUUGCAUGACAUUUCUAGAAUGGUAGUACUGAUAUUUGAAAAAAUAUCCUUUUUUUUUCAAUAUGUUGAUUGUGAACUGCUGUAAAUUUUGCAGUUAUACAAACUGGUCCUUAUGACAACAUGGAUACAUGCGACAAAAUUAAGUUUUCAAGUAAAUGAACUUUGUAACAAUGUCACCAAUGUUGUUUAUAAAAUUUCGUUAAUAUACGUCUUAUAUAUUAAAUUAUAAUUACUACUUUCACCUCUGAUAUUGUUUCUAAUUUUAAUAAUGAAUCAUUUGAAAACGUGGUCUUUCAUAGUUAAAAGUCAAAGAAUGGUACACCGAUCUAAAAUGAAGUCUAUGUAUCAGCUAAAGCAUAUAAAAAAAGUCUAAGAAUUUUUUGUUAUACUUUGUUAAUUUCUCUUUAGUUUCUUUGUCAAUUUGUUUUUUGUUAAAAACUGUUUUUAUUAAUUUAUUACAAUUAGUUGUUUUACGAAAAACUAUAAUGGGACUGUUAAAUUCUAUUGUUUACUAAAAUUCAUAAACCUACAUUAUAGUUUCGAUCCACAUAUAUAAUUCACUAUAGAAAGAGAGAAUGCUAAACAAUCUUUAUCUUUUUUGACACCAAAUUUAUUAUAAAUGAAAAUAAACAAAAUUUUAAUGAACUGGUAUAGGAAACCAACAAGUUCUGGAAGAUAUAUCAAUUAUCAUUCAUACACCUACGUAAAAGUAAGAUUAAUUUAAUCAAACAGAUGAUCAAUAGGAUCUUUUAAUUUUAAAAUCCAAUAUUAUUAUGUAAAUUCAUAUUCUUGACAUCUUUUGAAACGAAUUCUAUUUAAUACAUCUGACAGUCACUUUGACAUCAUACCAGUCUUAUCGUCUAACAAUACUAUUUUACCUAAGUAUGCAUUUUUACUAUAUAUAAAAUCAGUUACUUCUAACCUUUCUGGAAUUUUUAAACAAUAUAAUCUAAAAGUACCUUACAAAGAAAAUUUCACACUUACUACACCAAUCAAUAAAUUGCCUAACAUCGUUAAAUUUUGAUAAAAAAUACAUUGGUCAAUCUUUAAGGGCACUCAACCUCAACAGAUAGCCUUUCACAAAAGUGACAGCAAUUCAUACCCCAACAGAUGCUUGCUGGUCUCACGCGUUUUCUGUGAAGAUCAUUCUAUGGAUUCUUAACCUACCCAUGUUUUGAUAACUGAAAACAAUUACAAAAAACACCUAUUAUUAGAAACAACAUGUACUGCUCAAAGUGAUCAAUGUAUUAAUAAAGAACUGAUUUAGAUAACCUUUCUGUAAUCUAUUCAUAUCAUUUAAAUUUAAAAAAACAAAUUCUAUAAGAAAAUCAAUAUUAUCAGUAGCCAGCUAAUCUUAUCUAACCAAUGAAAUUCAACUUCAUUCAUAACUACCAAACCUAAUCUAACCAAUAAAAAUUUGGUGUCAUCCAUAAUCCAACCAAUAAAAACGAUUCGAAUAGCAACCAUAACCAAAAAACUUGAUAUUUAUCUCAAGCGUAAAAAUUGAACAUUGAUUUUUGAAUCAUAUGAAUUAAUGUAAGUGAUUCUUAAUAUUGUUAUACUUUUAUAUUGUACUUUGACCAACUACGUUUAGUAUAUCGUUCUUAAUCACACUCUACUUUUUCAAGUUUUUAAACGGUAUAUUAGCUCAUAAAAAAAUAAAUAAAUUUAAAUACUUAAAUGACGCGCCAAAACGCAUUUGUUGUCACAGUAUGACGUAUAAAGUAAGCACUGUAAGAUAAUACAAAUGUUUUAACAUCGAAAGCUUUAAUCAAAACAUUACCAUCAAAGCUAUCAUCUUUCUGACUACAUUUUUAAUUAGUAGUACUUACAUAUCUGCUUAUACUCCAAUUAUUUCAGCCGAAGUAAAUAAUUGAUUAUUAGCAAAGAAACUUAGAAACCAUGAAAUGCAUCUACUUGGGUAGAUUGUCUUAAUUCGGACAUCAUUUCAAUUAGAAUAGUAUUUGAAACCCUUACAAAAACACAAAUCACAACAGAAAGGCUACGCGCAGCGACCACUUUCCAGUAUUUACUCACUUUCUACGUCACAAACGCAGUAACCAAUCGAAACGUGUUUUGUCACGUGUUAUUUAAAUUAUCAUCAAUUUAUAUUUGCGAUUUAUAAUAUUUUAAGUUACAAUAUAAUACAAUUCAACCUAAAUACAUAAUAAGAAGUGAUGUAUAAAUUUUUAAAUAUGUUAAAUACCCAAAUAUAUCAAGGUCUAAAGUUGAAAAUUUGGAAACCACGAAAAUAUAAGUUCAUUCAUGUUAACAACUGUUAUUCUUUUAUGAGUCUGUUCCUAUAUCGGUUUAUUUAUUAUUCAAAUUACUUUAAAUACUUUUUGUGAUAUACUUUUACUGUAAUAUAUAUAUAUAUAUACAAACAA